AUGUAUGCAUCCACAGUACACAGUCUGCAUCCAUGGAUGGGCCGAGAACAAGUAUCCUUGGCGCACGUCAUGGGAUCGAUGGUCCUAACCUAUCACCAACGCAAUCCAUUCCAGCCAUGUUCCUCAUUUUCCGUCUCUCAAUCCUCAGUAUCGACUGCAGCUGAGAAUGUGUCUUUUCACAACAACGCGUACCGUCGACGGUCGCCAUGCCGUUUUCGACCGAGGAGGAGGAGGGGGAGGGAGGGGAGGGAGGCCCUAAUCGACGACAGCCCCGAGAUGCGCAGUUUAGCCCCUGGCUACUACCACCACUACUACCUCCUCUACCUCCUCUACCUCCUCUACCGCACCACCACCACCACCACCACCACCGCCGCCGCCGCCGCCGCCCUCCCCCUCCGGCCCCGUCAGCAGCAGCAGCAGCAGCAGCAGCAGGAGAGAGAGGAGGAGGAGGAGAUGAUGGUGGUAGAGGAGGAGGAGCAGCAGCCAUUGGGUCCAUUAUAG